GGGCCGCGGCGAUGGCGGCGGCGGCGGCGGCGGCGGCAGGCCCGGCGCGGCGGCGGCGGCCGGAGCGGGAGGAGGCGGCGGAACCUCCCCCGAGCCCCACCGGGUCGCCCAAGUGCCCCGGUACCGGGCCCGGGCUGGCGCGGCGGCUGCUGGGCUUCGAGCUGCGGGACCUGACGCGAUGGCAGCGCUUCGUGCGGCUGCUGCACCGGCCGCAGGACCCCGCCGCGCUCGGGGCUUUCCGCGCAGCCUUCGGGCUGCUGAUGGCCCUGGACGUGCCGCAGGAGCGCGGCCUCGGGCACCUGGACCAGCGGUACCUGGACGGGCUGGAGGUGUGCCGCUUCCCCCUGCUGCCCUUCCUGGCGCCGCUGCCCCUGGACUGGAUGUACCUGCUCUACACCGUCAUGUUCCUGGGGGCGCUGGGCAUCAUGCUGGGCUGCUGCUACCGGCUGAGCUGCGUGGCGUUCCUGUGCCCCUACUGGUACCUGCUGCUGCUGGACAAAACCUCCUGGAACAACCACUCCUACCUCUACGGGCUGCUGGGCUUCCAGCUGGCACUGCUGGGCGCUGACCGCUACGGCUCCGUGGACGGGCUCUUCCGGCCCCGGAAGCGGAACGCCCACGUGCCGCUGUGGAACUACGCCCUGCUGCGUGCCCAGGUGUUCAUCGUGUACUUCAUCGCGGGGCUGAAGAAGCUGGACGCCGACUGGGUCGGGGGCUUCUCCAUGGGGACCCUCGCCCGGCACUCGCUCUUUGCACCCUUCAGGCUGGUGCUGUCGGAGGAGCUGACCAGCCGGCUGGUGGUGCACGGAGGGGGGCUGGUGCUCGACCUCUCCGCCGGCUUCCUGCUCUUCUUCGACGCCACGCGGCCCCUCGCCCUCGUCUUCGUCACCUACUUCCACUGCAUGAACUCCCAGCUCUUCAGCAUCGGCAUGUUCUCCUACACCAUGCUGGCCACCAACGGGCUCUUCUGCCGGCCCGAGUGGCCACGGGGGCUCGUGGCCCGCUGCCCCCCCUGGCUGCAGGCCUGGCUGCCCAGCACCAAGCCCCCCCAGCCCAGCCCCGACUGCCACUACGGGGGCCGGAGGGCCCGGGGGGGCCUUCGGCCUCGGCAGCACAUGGCCGCAGCCUUCACCAUCCUCUACGUGCUGGAGCAGCUCUUCCUGCCCUACUCCCACUUCAUCACCCAGGGCUACAACAACUGGACCAACGGGCUCUACGGCUACUCCUGGGACAUGAUGGUGCACUCCCGCUUCCACCAGCACGUCAAAAUCACCUACAGGGACGGGCUCACCGGGGAGGUGGGCUACCUGAAACCAGGGGCGUUCACGCAGAGCCGGCGCUGGCGGGACCACGCCGACAUGCUGAAGCAGUACUCGGCCUGCCUGAGCCGGCUGCUGCCGCGCUACAACGUCAGCCAGCCCCAGAUCUACUUCGACGUCUGGGUGUCCAUCAACGAGCGCUUCCAGCAGAGGCUUGUGGACCCCCGGGUGGACCUGGUCCGUGCCCCCUGGUCCCCGUGGACCCCCACGCCGUGGCUGCUCCCGCUGCUCGUGGAUCUGUCGCCGUGGCGCCAGCGGCUGCAGGAGCUGGAGGCGCAGCUGGACGGACACACGGACACCGUGUUCAUCGCAGACUUCCCCGGCCUGCACCUGGAGAACUUUGUGAGCGAGGACCUGGGCAACACGAGCCUGCGGGUGCUGCGGGGGCAGGUGCUGGUGGAGCUGGUGGAGCAGCAGCAGAACCACUCCCUGCAGGAGGGCCAGGCCAUGCAGCUGCCGGCGGGGCAGUACCACAAGGUGCACACGGUGUCCCCCGAGCCCUCGUGCUACAUGUACCUGUACGUGAACACCACGGCGCUGGAGCUGGAGCAGAAGCUGACGCGGCUGCGGGAGCUGCGGGAGCGCGUGCGCAACGGCACCGAACAGUCCCCGCUGCCCCCCGAGCUGCGUCCCCUGCUGGGGGAGCCCCUGCCCGCGGGGGCCCCUCUGGACCCGCUGGUGUCGCUGUUCCUGCGGCGGGAGCAGCGCCAGCAGCGCCGCGAGCGCCAAUCCAGCCCGGCCCAGCGCCUGCGGCGCUUCCUCCGCAGGAAGUUCUUCCUCUUCCGCCGCAGUGCCCUGAUGACGCUGAUCGCGCUGCGGAACCUGGCGCUGGGCCGCCCGUCCCCGGAGCGCCUGGCACAGGAGGUGGCCUUCGCCAGCUGGCGUGGGGAGGAGGAGGAGGCUCAGCCCGAGGCCGACGGGGGGGCCCAGAGGGGCCCCGAGCUCUGAACACCCCAAAUAAAUGCAGUUUUGUAAGCCAGAAAUGCUCCCGUGCCUCAGAUCUGUAACCACCCCCCUGCCCUGUGCCCCUUUCCCUCCAUCCCUCAGCUCCCCAGCCACGUUCCCUUCCUCCAUCCCAUCUCCCCCUCCAUCCC